CUACUGACAGUUACAGCUUUGAAAUCACACGUUCAUGUUGUGUUUAACUAGGUUUACAUGUGUAAAAGAAGCGAAAUGCUAUGGUGGUUAAGAAACGCAAGUAGUGAAGCCGUUGUGACUGUAAAUAAAUGCCUGUUAGAAUCAGUCAGCGGUGUGAGGGAACCGUAAAAAAGGAGAUAUGAGGCAGUUGUAGCUUUAAACAGAACUACAUCCUCCACACUCCCUGCCCUGACGCUGCUUCUGUCGCCUCUUCCUGCUUCGUGAGCAGCUCUGGCUGAAGGACGGGAUCCCCCAUAGCUCCGGAGCUGCUGGUUUCUCUCCCGCUCCAGGUCGCUUUCUCACCCGGCGAUGGACGGCGGCGGCUCGGUGUGCAGAUAGACAGCGCGUCGGAACGCGGCAGAGCUAAAUCUGACUGACGACCAGUCAUGGUACCCCAGCCGUCUACUUGGAUUCUAAAGGUGCAAUGUCAGGAAAGAGAACCUCCUUUUCAGGAGCAGGAAAAAAGGAAGCGCUGGACUGAGCUGUUCAACCAACUGGACCUCAACAAAGAUGGACACAUUGACAUGUUGGAGCUGCGGGCAGGGCUGGCAGGCCGAGGGCUCUCCAAAGGCUCCCUGGAGAGGUUGGUGGAGGCCGGAGACACCAACCGGGAUGGAGUCCUGGAUUUUGAGGAGUUCAUUCAGUAUCUUCGUAACCACGAGAAGCAGCUUAAAAUCAUGUUUCGGAAUCUGGACAGAAACAAUGACGGUCAGAUCGACGCUGCGGAGAUUCGAGACUUUCUGCACAGCAUCGGUGUAAACAUCAGCCUUAAAGAUGCCAAUAGGAUUCUGCUGAGCAUGGACAGGGAUGGUACCAUGACGAUUGACUGGAAUGAGUGGCGUGACCACUUCCUGUUCAACCCUCUGAACAACAUGGAGGACGUGGCUCGGUUCUGGAAGCGUUCAAUGAUAUUGGAUACAGGCGAGCAGCUUACAGUCCCAGAGGAGUUUUCAGAAGAAGAAAGGAAGUCUGGGUAUGUGUGGCGCCAGCUGAUGGCUGGAGUCAUGGCUGGAUCUGUAUCCAGAACUGGAACCGCUCCGUUAGAACGCCUCAAAGUUUUCAGACAGGUACAUGGCUCCUCUGAUUUUAAAGGGAACGCUCUGAGCGGGUUUCAAUACAUGUUGAAAGAGGGAGGACCCUGGUCUCUGUGGAGAGGAAAUGGAGUCAAUGUGUUGAAAAUUGCUCCUGAGACAGCCAUCAAAUUCACUGCUUAUGAACAGAUAAAACUCAUGAUGCAUGGCCGUGACGAGACGAGAACUCUGAGGGUCCAUGAGAGGUUUGUUGCUGGCUCUUUGGCUGGAGCUACAGCUCAGACAGCCAUUUACCCAAUGGAGGUUUUGAAGACCCGCCUCAAUCUCAGAAAAACGGGUCAGUACUCAGGAAUAACAGACUGUGCCAAACAGAUCCUGCUGCAGGAAGGAGCGGCAGCCUUCUAUAAGGGCUACGUUCCCAACAUGCUGAGCAUCGUUCCUUAUGCUGGUAUUGACCUGGCAGUGUACGAGACACUGAAGCUUGCAUGGCUGAACAGGAACAGAGGCCUGCCCGACCCAGGGGUGAUGGUGUUGGUGGGAUGCGGCGCCAUCUCCAGCACGUGUGGGAUGCUUGCUAGUUACCCUUUGGCAUUGAUCCGCACACGGAUGCAAGCAGAAGCCUCAGCGAGAGGGGCCCCUAAACUUUCAAUGCUGUCCCUGCUUCACAACAUCCUUCGGCAGGAAGGCAUCGCCGGACUCUACCGAGGAAUCUCCCCCAACCUGCUGAAAAUCAUCCCAGCAGUCAGCGUGUCCUACGUCGUCUACGAAUAUACGAGGAUUAUGCUGGGAGUGGACAUUGAGGGUAGGAGGGGAGGAAACCAGAAAGGGUAGAUUAAGGAGACGGGGAUUGCCGUGAUUUUUGAUCUGCGAGCAUGUGCAGAUGGGAUGUCAGUGCAUGAAAAAUGGGCUGUAUUCAUGAAUAGUUUAAAUACAGCGGGUCUUGCUUUCAUCUCCACCAGCUUGUCUUGAAGAAGAGAUUAAGAUAUUUCUAAGGGCAGGAGGGUGGACAUUUUAUUUUUAGGUCUUUUCAUUUGGUUUUUAAGAAAACAUUGAGGUAUUUUAGCUUUAGGCAGCUUCCAAGUAAACAUAUCUAAACCAGCAGCUAGAAAGAAAAAUGCAAGCAACUAUUCUUAAAGGGCAAACACAGAUGCUGCCAGAAAUACUCACAGAACGUGUUCACAUGUAGCCAAUGUUACAGACAAUGUUACAUAAACUAGCACAAAGUCUGCAUAAAUGUGGAGUAUACUGAGUUUUAUGGAGCUGUUUUCCCUCUGAUUUUCUUAAAAUAAAAUCCAUCAACCAAAGGAGUUUAGGAGGAACUUAGUAAAUAGAUCCUACCUGUGUGUGAUUUAUCCUCAGUAUAAAUCCGGCCGAACUCUUAAAGCCCCAGAGUUUUUUUUGGAGAAGAGGGGUGAGCAUAACUCAGUAGGACUUUUCAGAUGGGCUUAUCAAGACCUUUGUGCAAAUAUGAUUCCAUUAUGGACACAAUUAUUGACGUAAAACUCACUGCUGGGCUUACAAACCACACCUGGGAGCUGAUUGACUUGAAUCGCUGAAGACAUUAAUCAAAAGCUCAUUAUCGCCUGCUUUUUCAACAUAAAACAAAUGGAUGCUGUAUAAAGUAAUGAAUAAACAGCCUCCAUCUGCACAGGAUGCUGCUAUGUUCUAGAGUGAUGUGUUGCUUCUGAACGCUAACCAGAGGCAUCUGGCUGCCACUGCUGCACGGAUCUGCAUGGGCAGAGACAUGCAUGUACUUGCUGAAAAGGAGUCACCUCUGGAAAUUGGCCUGCUCUACAUUCCUUCAGCCUUGUUUUCUCUACCAGGUGAGAUGUAGAGAAGAGGGAUGGCUGUGGAAGGAACCUGCAGGUGUGGAGAAGGCGGUUGCUGCUGAGUCUUAAACACACAUUACCAAAACACAGUGAGAGCCUAAAAAAGGAAGCAGUCAGUAUCAUUAUUGCUUCUUCUGGGAAAAAGACGAUGGUAAAAAGACGCACACAGAACUGCCUUUAUGGACUGGACACGGGGAAAGACGCACUAAGAGUUACGAAGAGCUGCCCUGCAACUGUCUAUGCAGAAAACAUGUUCAGUAUGUAAAUUCAAAGACUGGGCCUAGGCCACUGCCACAUAAUGUUCCCUAAUCACUGGGAUUAAAAGACAAAUUUUGUGUUUAACUUCUCGUUUCACAAACAAGAAGUUCUAUUUAUUGCCGUUUAAAAAAUAUGUAUGUGCAAACAAAUGCACGCACUGUGCUGCUUUUCUGGUCAACUCCUACUGAUUGUUUUCUUUUUAAAUUAUAAGCAUGAUAUUAAAACACUGUUUCUGGGGGGGAAAAAAUAUAACUGAAUAAAAAUAGUAAUUUUGAAAUUCCUCUUGGUUCUCCUUAUGUACAUUUCAUAUAGUCUCAGGGAUGUUAUUGAACGCAAUAUUUGUUUUAGAAAUAAAAUUGCCUAGAUAUAUAAUAAAACUGUUGUA